AUGCUUAAAGCGGUCACUUCUUCGAGACUUAUUUUCAAUCCCAUUGGUAAGGUAUCGACGUGGAAUAGAACAUAUACAAGACAGAUAAUGACCGAUAAAAAUGAAUUUGACAGGCAUUUACAGGAGGAAAUAAGACAGGCUAAGGAAACUCAGGACUCCAAGAACAGGAAAAGAAAGCUCGAAACUGAGAUUAAAAAGGACAAGAAAUUAAGGGACUCUAAUGGAUUCAAAUUGAGGCUCAAUGAAUCGAAGAAAAAUGGUCAUAAGCAAGUAGAUCCUGAGUACAACGUUACUAUUGAGAACGAUUUACGUAAAAUUGAGCCCUACUAUUUUACAUAUAAGACCUUUUGCAAAUUAAGGUGGAGAGAUAGAAAACUUUUAGAUAUAUUCGUGUCGGAAUUUAGAGAACACGAUGAAGCUUACUACAAAAAAUGCAUAGAGAAUGGUUCUGUGCUAAUUGAUGAUAAGCCUGCCAAUAUCGACACCAUUGUACGCAAUGGUAGUUUAAUUUCACAUAAAGCGCAUCGUCAUGAACCACCUGUCAUUGCAAAACCAAUUAAAAUAGUCUACCAAGAUGACGACUUAUUGGUUAUUGACAAGCCUAGUGGUAUUCCUGUACAUCCGACCGGGAGAUACAGAUUCAAUAGUGUUACAAAAAUGCUGGAGAAACAAUUAGGUUUUGCUGUUCACCCUUGCAAUAGGCUGGAUAAACUCACGAGUGGACUAAUGUUUUUAGCCAAAACUCCAAAAGGCGCUGACGAAAUGGGAGAUCAACUGAAAGUGAGAGAAGUUAGAAAAGAAUAUAUUGCAAGAGUCGUUGGGGAAUUUCCGGUGGAAGAAAUCUCUGUAGACAUGCCUUUGAGAACUUUUGACCCAAAAGUCGCUUUAAAUGUUGUUUGCUCUAUGGAAGAUGAAGGCGCACGCCAUGCUAAGACUAUAUUCAAGAGAAUUAGUUUUGAUGGCCGUACAAGUGUUGUUAGAUGUAAACCAUUGACAGGAAGACAACAUCAGAUUCGUGUGCAUCUACAGUACCUGGGCUUUCCAAUUGCAAAUGAUCCAAUAUAUUCGAGUCCAUAUAUAUGGGGCCCCUCAUUAGGCAAAGAGGGCAAGGCUGUUUACAAUGAUAUCGCUGAAAAGCUACACGAAAUUGGUAAAACAAGGCCAUCUCAGAGUUGGUAUUUCUCAAACUUGAAAGGUGAAAUUUUGCAAACCGAGAAAUGUAUUGAGUGUGGCGUAGAACUUCACAGAGAUCCUGAUCCGAACGAACUGACCCUUUGGUUACACGCAUUGCGUUAUGAAUCUACAACUUUCGAUUCAGUGGGACAAAAGAAGUGGAAAUAUCGUACGGACUUCCCUGACUGGGCUCUUGAAUCACAUUGUAAAUAUAUGGAGAUGGCAAUCAAAGAAGCUGAUAAAUGUGCACCUACCACAACCGCGUUUAGUGUCGGCGCAGUAAUAGUUAGUGGGACAGAAGUGCUAUCUACAGGGUAUUCCAGAGAACUUCCAGGCAAUACUCAUGCAGAACAGUGCGCAUUAGAAAAAUACUUUGAACAAACCGGUAAGAGAGAAUUACCUGCAGGUAGCAUCAUAUAUACGACAAUGGAACCUUGCUCCUACCGGUUAAGUGGUAAUGAGCCUUGUGUCCAGCGUAUCCUGAAUCUGAAUGGUCAAAUAUCCUGUGUAUUUGUCGGUGUAAUAGAACCGGACACUUUUGUCAAGAACAACACCAGUGUUUCAUUAUUAGAAGAGAGGAACAUUGAUUACAUCCAAAUUCCUGGGUAUGAGGAACAAUGUACCAAGAUAGCAUUCCGUGGCCACGAAGAAGACAUGAAGGAAGCAGUAUAA